AUGGCGCCGGGAGCGAAGCAGGUCUUCCGCGCCUUCAAGCUCCAGGGGCUCACGCUCCAUGCGGACGCGCUGAAGCGGCUCCUCCAUGAGAUGGAGGUGGAGCAAACGCUAGGCCUCGACGACGUCCUCUUCGCCAUCAAGAACAGCAUCGACCGCUCCAAGCUCGUCAACAGCGUCGUGACGAUCGAAGCGCUCGAGAGCGCGCUCGAUACACUCCUGAGCGUCUCGGCCGAGAACGACUACCAGAGCAUCCAGGUCUUUGACGCGUUCGAGAUGCCGGGCCUCCAAUAUGAAGCCAUGACCAAGACGUACAGCGUCGGCCUCGACCGCCACCGGCGUCUCCAUGCGGCGCCCAACUACCGCGUCAACCUGUUCCGCCAUCGCUUUGCCGCCAUUGAGCGCCGCGUCCGCCGCCACAAGACGUUCUCCAAGCCCGUCAUGGCCUCGGCCAAGCUCCAGCGCGAGUAUCUCGAGCUCACGCGGAUCGAGUCGCUUCUCGGUGUCUCUGGCAUCAAGCGCGUCCUGGGCAUGUUGGGCCAAGACGAACGCAAUGCCAUGUACCUCGAAGACCUCACGGCGCGCAUCUACAUCAACACGGACAAGACGGUCUGUGCGCCGGGCAUGUACACCUUGAACAGCGUCGUCAUCGUCGAGGGCCAAGUCCGCGACGACGUCUUCUACGUCGAGUCGAUGGGGGGACCGCCACCCGAGUUUCGACUUGACUCACUUGGUAUUCUCGGCGGACUCGACCCGCUCGGGAUUGAAGUCUCGUCCCAGCAAUUGACGCAGAUUCGCGCACUUGAGGCGCAGGACGAACUUGCGUCGUUUGUGAUCCUCUCGGACGUGCAUCUGGACGACCCGCAGGUCAUGAAGCGACUCGAGAUCCUCUUUGAAGGCUACGCGCCGUUUUGUCCGACGUUGUUUGUGCUCAUGGGCAACUUUACCUCGACGCCGGUCGGCCAAGACGCUAUGAGCAUUGCCGACUUUAAGGACCUCCUUGACAACCUCGCGAACCUCUUGCUCCAGUUUCCGUCGCUGGUCGCGCACUCGCAGUUCGUGCUUGUGCCUGGCCCCGACGACCCGGGCGCCGCCAAAGUCCUUCCGCGCCACCCGCUGCCCAGUAUGUGCACCCACGACUUUGUGCGCAAAAUCCCGACAGCGACCAUGGCCUCCAACCCGUGCCGCAUUCGGUACUACACCAAGGAUAUUGUGAUUCUCCGGGACGACCUCCAAGCCAAGAUGCGGCGCAACUGUCUCAUGCCGCUUGCCGCGCCGGCCGACGACGAUGAAGAGCGCACGACCACCGUGAGCCGACAGCUCAUCAAGACGGUGAUUGAUCAAGGUCACUUGUGCCCGCUACCGCUGUCGGCCCAGCCCAUUCACUGGGCGUACGACAAUGCGUUGCAGUUGUUCCCGCUGCCCGACGUGAUGAUUUUGGCCGACAAGACGGAUCAGUACCAAGUCGGGUAUGCCGGCGUCGCCGCGUUUCAUCCGGGUCCGUUCUACGUCGACUACUCUUAG